UUCUGAUCUGUAGAUUGCCAAACACUAGGGCCGUUACCACUUUCUCCUCGCCUCGCCUUGACAGCUGCGAGCAGUUGACAACAACAAACCUUCGACUAUCGCCCAUACCGCCAGGGUGACCUCUUGCAUCCAACCUCAAAGCAAACACAUAAGCAUCCCUUUCUUGACCCUUUGACCUUUCUGAAGACAAAUUAUCUUGACAAUUUCUUUGGUACAGCAACCUUCUUUGGUGCGAUGUCAAAUCGCAAGAUCAAACGCCCCUCGCAUUUUUGCGAAUGGGUAGUUGGAACAACAAUCGAAUCUGUUAUCGGCGCUAUCCCCCAGAACAAACCCCCUAAGAAACGAGACGUCGUACGUGUUCAGGUCACCACCGAUGAUGAGUCCGAAGAGGACACCGUCAAGAUCACCUACCCGCGCACUGGACGCACCUAUACACCUCCGCCUGCCAACGAAGCAAAGGCCGAGGCCAAGAAGGUCCGGUUUAACUUUGGCCAAAAUGGCCCCAUCAAAUCUGCUAUGAAGCAGACCACUACCACAACUCCCAUGGACUCCUCAGAUGAGGCAUCCGACUCCGGCCCAGAAACCGAGUCAGACUCGAGUCAGUCGGCCUACAUAUCAAGCUCCGAUGCCACCGAUUCUGAUAUUGAAUACUCAGUUGAGUGCGUGAAGCACAGAAGGCAGAAAAAGAAGAAGCACAGACAGACACAGACCGAAGAAGACACCGAGAGUGACUGGGACUCUGAUCCAGAACCAACUUGUGACUGCCUGAGAUGCCAGAAGGGCCGACAGAUAUUGAAAAGAGUAGGCCGGAAAAGGAGCAAGGAAAUCACUCCACCAAGCCCCGAAACUUCUGAAUCGGACGAAGAAGAAUCCCCCAAUACUAAACGACAGUCUGGUAAGAAUAAGAGGAGGUGCCGAAAGAAAGCAAAACCAACAGAGCCUGACCCCAAUACUUCUAACUCAGAUUCAGAGUCCGAGAUCCCAGCACCCAAGAAACGGAACCAAACCAAAAAUCAAGGCAAGCAGAGAGGUGGAAAGAAAAAGCAAGCCGCGCCCCAGCCUCCUAUGACCAAGAAGCAACGAAAAGCAAUGAACAAAAAGGCUAAGCAGCAACAAGAGCAAGAGAUUGAAGGUGAAACCUCUGACUCACCCAAGGAAGCAGAGGAGGAAACUGAACCAGAAGAGGAGCCCGAGAAACAGAACAAAGGCAAGCAGAAGAAUAAUAAGAAGCAGGAUGAAAAACAAGCAAAACAGAAGAAACAGGAACCAGAGAAAGCAACCCAUAAAGACCCAGAGUCUGUCGAACAAACACCAACUGAUGAAGCCCCCGAAGCUUCCAAAGACAAAGAUCAAGGCAAGUUCAGAACUAUGAAAGGAAAAGCAAAGGCACAGCCUAAACAAAAGGAUGGAGUCAAGAAGGGCAAUUAUCCCGAAGGACUACCAGUUCCUCAUAUGCAUCGACCACAGCUUAUCGAACCCAUCAGAGCUCAGGUCGUUCAGACAGAACGCGUGAUCGAAACUCCACAAGACCCAGCACCUAACGCUUACUACGAUGCAGAACACAAUAUCAUGAGAGUCUACCAGGGUCCCGCCUACGGUAAUCACCAAAACAAUGCAUUGUACCCAGAACGUGACGCCUUCACUCGCCCUCUGCCAAUGGGUCAGCCUCAUCCGAUGCAGAACCCCUUCUACUAUAGCUUCAACAAUACGCAGCAGUAUCCCAACUAUCCACAGAUGCCGCCAUUCCACCAAGGCUAUGCAGGGAUACCGCCACCAGAAGCAUACUCACAUGUUCCUAUCACUCAAGGAAUGGCCCCUCCUCCAUGGUAUGCCAUGGGCCCUCCUCCGGGAGUCCCCCCCACUGGCUACUAUGGACACAGGAGCCCUGAAACUAACAAAAACACCCCGGCUUCCAAAACGGAGAAGGACAAGGCCAGCCAGAACAAUGUUGGACCUCCGGGAAGUCUUACUGGCCAGGACAAUCCAUACUAUAAGAGAAAGUCACAAAACAACGCCUGGGAAAGCCACCGUUCUGUAUCCAAGGAAAACAGCCAGCCUCCAGGUUCCGAUAAGGCUGGGUCGAACGGGUCGAACGGCUGGAACAAUGGAUCAGGUGACAACAAUGGCCAGAACGGUCAAGACAGUUGGGGCGCACCGACCCAGGACAACAACCAGAACGGUGAUGGUUGGAAUACGAGCAACAACCAGGCAGUUGACGAUUGGAAUAAGACCACUCAGGAUAGUAAGCCGGAGGAAUGGGUAGUGUCACCACCAAGUGGCGAGCAAGAUCAGAACCAAAACGGUUGGGGAGCUGGUUCGAACCAUUCGAACAAGAGCAACAAGACUGUGAAAAGGAACGGAGAUCAUUGGGGUGACGACACGUUCCCAGGCGCCCGCGGCGACUGGAGCGAACAACCGACCAUAAGCAGUGUUGGGCAAGGAGCUGACAACAACGUGGGCAUCUGGGCUCCCACGGAUGUGAAUGGGAACGGGGACGGAAACCAAAAACCUCCUUCAGCGGAAGGAGAAGGUCGCGACAACAUCAUGCCUGGGACAUGGGUUGACACCCGCGGCGUUACUAUGCCAACUUGGGGAGAUCCCACUGCAGCACGGGACACGAACGGCGAAGCCUCGAACUGGUAAUAGAAAUUGGAAACUUGCUACAUGCGGUUAUGAGAAAGAUGUCUAGUUUAGCUAAGGGGGUAUGGUAUCCGCAAAAUCACUGUACUACAAGAUGCUAUGACUAGAUGCCUCCCAACCGAAUCAAUCAAUCAAUAUUCAACCCGUGUAAAUGAACACCUUCUGUGACUUUUGUCUUGUGACAUUUGAUGCGUUAUAAUGCCAUGAUGCAAACCAAACCGCCCUAGCUAUCGUCGAGUCGUAAUCGUCCUAUUCGUGUCAGAAGUGGAAUAACAUCAACUCCGCGAACCGUCUUGUGCUUCGUACAACAACUGCACAGCAAAGCAGAAAAGCAAGAGCACGAAUUGCAGAACCAAGCCGAGCGAGAGAUAGUAGGGCAAGCAUUGUCAAUCAGAGGAUUGUGCAGCCGUGGAUGGACCUGAGCGGCCAUGAAUCAGCUUUGUCCUGGAAUGGGAGACGUCGUUUUAGCCUGGGGGACGGACACGACGACAAGCAUAAGCUCAUUGAGGGGCAAUGAAUAUCAUAAGGGAGCUUGAUAGGGCAUGGGAUGCAUAAAAAAUUGCGAAGUUAUAGAUUUCACUUACCAUCUGGAUGUCUCCCAUUCCACAAUCCACGUGCAGCAUAUCUUGAGUCGCUCGCGUACGCUGGAUGUGCCCAGGAGUCGAUAUUUCUCAAUGUCUUUGACCGGCAACAUACUGGCAAACCACCAUGGAAAGAUGGCAGGGUCUUCUGGACAGUCGCCGUAUAUAGUCAACAUGCGUUCUGUCAACCAGGGGACACUCUGUUGACGCAUUCGAGCGACAAAAGAUGAGGCGUAGUGCAUCAGACUCUGUGUAGACAUUGAGUCGAUCUCGGUAACUGACGUUGGUAUGUGUGGACUGGAUGAAUCAGACCGCGGUAAUGGAGAUGUCGGUGUUGGUUCAGUGGGUUCCUUGACAGUAUCCAUAGCCUGCAUGGGUUGUUGUUGAUCCUCAGUCUCUAUCGGUGUUGCUUCAGCAGCCUCGGCAGCUUCUUCAUCCUCGAGGCUAACAUCGUCUAUCCUUUCAGUCUUGCCGACGAUGUAUCCGUCAAGGUAACUGUGUUCGAGAACGCGGAAGCGUGACAGACCCACAGUCUCAAUGAGACUCCGGCCAUCCGGGAAGAACUGGACAUUGACAAUGCGGAGAAGCGUGCCUAGCUCAUGAAAGUUCGCAUCACCAGCAUGUUGGGGUCGUUUGGGUAUGACCAUACCGAAAGUAUGGUCUCCUUCCAGUGCUCUCCGGAUCAUGAGUCUAUACCUCGGCUCGAAAAUGUGUAGGAAUGUCGGCAUUUGAGGGAAUGACAAUGUGCAUACAAAGAGAGCGAGGUCAUAGUCUUGCAUCUGAGCUACACGCUCAGCGUCCAGAGCUUCCUUUCGAGCGUUGACUUCCUCCAGCCAGAAUGUUUCGAUGAUGCGCUUAAUAGUUUGAUUGGAAGGCGAUGAAGUUUGACUUAAUAAGGGGCUGAUAGCCAGUGGGCGACGACAUAUCGGGCAAUACCGUGAAUGGUCAAGAAUGCGAUGUAAACAUGACCGACAGAAAGUGUGUCCGCAAGAGGUUGUAAGAGGAUCGUAGAAGAGUGCGUAGCAGACCUGACAGUCCAUCUCAGCGCGAGUGGCGUCUUGCGCUUUUCGAACGAGCCCUGUAUCAUCAGCAUCAGGAGGUGGUGAUGGUGUCGCCGAUGUAAUUUCGUCGUAGCAUAUAUCGGCCUCAUAAGACAGGUCACCCUCCUCCGCCAGGCGAUAAGUGGCGAUAACCUUUCCGCCGGGUAUCACCUUUGUGUACGCUUCAUCAUCAUCCCUCAUGGAAGAAACACCUGCAGCAGCCCAAGGGUCAGGCCACAUGACCUUCGUCGCCAGCUCGGUGGUCGAAGACUCAUUCUUGAAUCGUUCGAUCUCUUCCCUCACGUGUUGUGCCGUCUUGUUGAGCACAACAUCAACGGCGCAGUCGCCAAUAGCAUGUUCCUUAUUGCAGUCCUCAAAAGGACAUUUAAAGCCACGAAGUCGUUCUGGAGCGGCGGGAUAUGUUAUGUUGGCGCGCAUGUGUGUGCCUGGUAAACAGCGCCGGCACAGACUUUUACCGCAGGGGAGGCUGAUAGGCUCAUCUAGGGGCAGUGAGCAGAUCUGACACUGGAAGAGCCGGACGAAAUCGCGGGGGGCGACAUCGCGAUGGCGAGAAGCAUUGGCAGAAGGCGACUGUGAUUGUGUUACUUGUGUCGGCUGCCGGCCCGAGUCCGGAGGUUCGUGAUCGAAAUCGGUGGGCGGAUCGGGAGUCCGCGACUGUCGAGGACCGGGACCGGAGGCGGAAUCGGUCGCGGCAGCUUGCGACGUGCCUUCUGAGGACAUGAACGUCUAUAGAUUGCGUGCGUAUAGUACAAUAAGAAGAUUGUAAAAGAAAUAAGGGGGUAUAAAGGUUGGUUCUUGAGUCGUUACUCUUCGUUGUGUCGUAGCGGGCGUCGAAACUCUCUAAUAAGGUGCGAGCCUCUGUAAUGAUGCGUUAUUGGUGAAGGAACCAGAAGUAAGUAGUGUUGCUUUGAGGUGAAUAGAAACGAAGCUGUUAUCCCCCAAUUCUAUGCGAUACCUUGACCGUUGUAUGAUCUGCUAUGUCGUCGUGUUUGCUGGGUUUGGUGAUGAAGACGAAUAUUGCGGUCUUCUUGGCGUAGCCGUUGAUAGCGUGUCGAGUGCAUGAAUAUGGCCGAAGCAGUGUCCAUAUGACGAGGACAAGUCGUAUACAAGAUAGACAUGGAUUCUGUAGAAUGGUAAGAUCACAAAGAUCGUAUCGCUAAUGUUGGGCGAAGCAUCUCCGUUGUGUGAAUCGAAGUGGUGUAAAAAGAGUUGUAUAAGGUAGGCGUGUAGAGAUUGGUGGGGGUUUAACGAGAUGGAGUAGUGCUGGUACUCCUUGAGCAGCGGGAAGAUGUCAUAGGUUUAAGUUGACGAGAAUCGUUUAAAACGGCUGCCGAAGUCGAGCCCACUUGUUCUGGGAUUUCUGACAGGGAUAUAAGGGGAGACGGGGCUGGCUCCGGAGAUUCAGCCUUCAAGUAUGUACCAUGUAUGAGAAGGGAACAGACGGAUUAUCGUAGGACCAAGAAGGG